AUGGCAAACCAGACCAUUGCCGAUGUGUACCAGAAGAGCAGUGGGCUCGCCAAGUACCCUUUUGAGCCGUACUGGCCGUCAAAGAAGCUGCGAAUCUGUGUGACAGGGGCUGGAGGCUUCAUUGCGAGCCACCUGGCCGCUCGUCUGAAGUCGGAGGGCCACUACAUCAUUGCAUGUGACUGGAAGCGCAACGAGCACAUGCAGGAAGAGCUUUUCUGCGACGAGUUCCACCUGGUGGACCUGAGGGAGUUCUCGGCCUGCGCCCGUGUGGUGAAGGGCGCUGACCAUGUCUUCAACCUGGCCGCCGACAUGGGGGGCAUGGGCUUCAUCCAGAGCAAUCACUCCGUCAUCUUUUAUAACAACACCAUGAUCUCCUUCAACAUGCUGGAGGCUGCGAGGCAGGAGGGCAUCCAGCGCUACUUCUACGCCUCCUCUGCCUGCAUCUACCCGGAGAACCGGCAGCUGGAGACUGAGAUCGAGGGCGGGGGUCUGAAGGAGGACACUGCCUGGCCGGCACAGCCGCAAGAUGCUUACGGCCUGGAGAAGCUGGCAUCCGAGGAGCUGGCCAUCCACUAUGGCAAGGACUUUGGCAUGGAGACGCGCAUUGCCCGCUUCCACAACAUCUACGGUCCCCUGGGCACGUGGAAGGGUGGGCGCGAGAAGGCGCCCGCCGCCUUCUGCAGAAAGGUGCUGACGUCCAAGGACGAGCUGGAGAUGUGGGGCGACGGCCUGCAGACCCGGUCCUUCACUUUCAUCGACGACUGCGUGGAGGGCAUCCUGCGCAUCACCAAGUCGGACUUCACGGGCCCGCUGAAUCUGGGGAGCGACGAGAUGGUCAGCAUGAAUGGCAUGAUGGAGAUGGUGCUGGGGUUCAAUGGCAAGAGCACCCCCAUCCGCCACAUCCCUGGGCCGGAGGGCGUGCGCGGCCGCAACUCGGACAACCAGCUCAUCCGCGAGCAGCUGGGCUGGGCACCCAGCAUCACCCUCAGGGACGGCCUGCGCAUCACCUAUGACUGGAUCAAGGGUGAGCUGGAGCGCGAGGGGAAGACGGAGGGGGCCGACCUUUCCUCCUACUCCAAAUCGACCAUCGUGGCCACCACCGCACCCAAGGCGCUGGGCACGCUGCGCGGCGCUGACGGGGCAGAGGACUAG